UGGAAACGUCGUGCUGCGGCUUCCUUUGCGGCAGGCGCCGGCGUCGCUCGGCGGUCGUCCUGAAGCUUCGGUCUGCGAAGAGACAAGGGCAUUGCAGCGGCGACGGCACGCCAUGCCUUUCUUUGAUGUGCAGAAAAGGCUAGGCCUUAAUUUAGAUCAAGGAUUGACAAUCCAAAGUGCUGAGCAGCCCUUCAAGAUCCCUACUCGAUGCCAUGCUUUUGAGAAAGAGUGGAUAGAAUGUGCACAUGGAAUCGGUGCUGUCCGGGCACAGAAAGAAUGCAAGAUAGAAUUAGAUGACUUCAAAGAAUGUAUGCUUCGGCAGAAAACGAUGAAACGUGUGAGUGCCAUCAAGAAGCAGCGGGAUAAGCUGAUAAAGGAAGGGAAGUACACCCCGCCCCCCCACCACCUGGGCCAGGGGGAGCCUCGGCCCUGAGCAGAGGGGCUGCUGAUGGCUGCAGACUGACUGUCCUGUUCUCUGUUCUCCGCUGCAAAGAUUGUUUACUGAAAACCUCUUUGUCACAGUUGUAAAAAUAAAGGAUUGCACCAUC